UUGGUUUAGGGGGGAACAUUGAACCUUUUCCUUCGAAUUAGUGAGUUAUGAGAAGAAAGACUCUCGGCGGACGAAGGCGUACGCCGUCGACAACUCCUCCUUCUCUCUCCGCAAUUCCUUUCCUCUCCACCCCUCAGGACGAACUCAACGCAACCGUAGUGUUUGAUAGCGAGAGCGACGAUGACCAUCCACACGUUCGAAUACCUGAUUGCAUCGAUCACCAUUCCGAACCUGUUGAUUUGUUGGACGAGAAUAUCUGCAUAUGUUGCAAUAAAAGCGAAAGAGCGUUGGUUUGUAGCGAAAACGGUUGCCCCGUAACUGUCCAUGCCAACUGCAUCGGUUCCGAACCUAAAUUCGAUGAUUCUGGUAAGUUCUUCUGCCCUUACUGCUGGUUCAAGCGAGCAGUGAACAAGAGUCGCGAAUUGAGGGAAAAGGCCAUGGUGGCGAAGAAAGCUUUGUCGACUUUUUUAGAUAAAGGCCAAUUGGCAAAGAAAGAUGGAAAUUUUAAUAAAGAAGAAGAAGAAGAUGUUAAGGUGAUGAAUAGGGCUAAACCUGAAACGGAAGUGAAAGAAAGUUUUGAAUUUGAAGAACGUGUUAAUGAUAGUGAGGAUGUAGGUGAAAGAAUUGUUGUGGAGAAUAAAGGUGAGGUUUCUGCGACGGGUAGUUCUGUGAGUGAAACUAAAGAUUCGGAUUCUGAAGCUGUGUCAAUGAAGAAACUGAAGGUUCGAAACAAGGUUGUUGCUUCUUCUAUCAGGAAACCAUUGUUACGGGAGCGUAACAUUAGAGGGAGAAAUGCUGGUGAUGUAAAUGAGCAAGUUACUAGCUCCAGUAAAUCACUGAGGUCGCCUAAGCAAGUGGCAAAGCGGACUUCUCUGACCGCAAAACGUAAGAGAUUACUUUGGGCUACUGAAGAAGAAAAAGCUCUGAAGGAAGGAGUGUUAAGGUUCUCCACGGAAAAUCAGAACAUCCCUUGGAGGAAAAUUUUAGAAUUUGGUAGUCAUGUAUUUGAUAAGACUCGUACUCCUAGUGAUCUGAAGGAUAAAUGGAAGAACAUUACCUCCAGGGAAGGAUGCAAGUAGAACCAUUGCAUGGAUAGCCUUCUCAAGCAACUGUCUAGCUAUGAAAACCUGGGUAUCUUACCAUCAACCAGCGUUUUGUUGAUAUUUUGGCUUAAAGCGGAGCAAGGACAGAAGGUGCAAAUGAAAUUUAAUGACCUCUCCAGAUUUUGUAUUGAGUUCUAUGUAUAAUCAUUGCUGGUGCUCCAAUAAUUAUAUGCAAGGUCAUCUUAAUUUCCCUUGGCUAGAUUGCCUAAGUAUAUAUUUUAUGGACGAAGAAUUUUAAAAUCAGUAUAGGCAAAGUGACAAAAUGUCCUCAUCCACAAAAUUUUGUUACCCACUACUUGUCUUUCCUGUCAAUUGUGUAUAGCUGCCAAUGGCUGCGAGUGCAAAGAGGAUAUCCCUAUGGUGUGGUAAGAACUCUAACAAAGACAUUUUCCCAUGCACUUGGUGUAAAAAUUUGUAUCAGGAUUGAGAUCAUGAUAGGCAAGUGACAAAAUGUCCUCAUCCACAAUUUCGUUACCCACUACUUGUCUUUCUUGUCAAUUGUGUAUAGCUGCCAAUGGCUGCGAGUGCAAAGAGGAUAUCCCUAUGGACCUAUGGUGUGGUAAGAACUCUAACAUAAGACAUUUUCCGAUGCACUUGGUGUAAAAUUUUGUAUCAGG